AUGGAUAUCUUAAAACGAGCACAAACUGUACCCACCUUUUCAGUUUAUCCAGAUAAAACUUUUAAAAAGUUUACUCACCAUAAUUUUUUUAAAGAACCUAUGACAAUUUCUGAUGCAAUUAAUUUGCAAGAUAUUACUUUGCCUAAUGGAGAAGAUAAAAAUCAGGCUAUUAACUCAGUUAUUACACCAUCCUUACCUCUUGAACUAACACCAUCCUUAUCUCUUGAAUCAAUUCCUUCUUUACCUCUUGAAUCAACACCGUCCUUACCUUUUGAAUCAACACCAUCUUUACUUCUUGAAUCAGAUACUUUAGAAAAGUUUUAUGUUAAAGCUGCUUUAUAUCUUGGUAAUGGUAAGACGGGAGAUCAGAUUCGUAGUAAGAUCAGAUCACUUAUUAACACGUAUAUGGAAGAAAGCUCGAACAAAACUGGCAAAGGUGCAUCUGAUUGGCCUUUUUAUACUGAAAUGAAUAAUAUAUUUGGAAAUCGUGAAAAUGUAAAUCCAGACUAUUUGGUUAAUAGCACAGGUCAGAUUUAUCGCAACAACUUGCCAAAAGAUAAUAGUAACAAUAAGGAUUGCUCUCUAAAAUCUAAUAAGAAACGACGAUUGGAUGAAGAUGAACUACACUACAUUAAGUCCAUUGAUAUUAUUACACAAAGUAAACAAAUUGAGGCUGAAACUAAGAAAAAACUUCUAGAGUUAGAAAAAGAAAAACUUCAAUUUGAACGAGAAAAGUGGGAACAUGAGAAAAAUGAGAAAAUUAUUUUAGAAAAAUACAAAUUAGAGCUUGAAUAUAAAUUACAACUAGAAUUAAAAACCAGAGAGCUUGAAAUUAAAUUUAAAAAUAAGGAAACAACAGAAAAUGAGUUGUAA